AGAUAAAAACCAGCCCCCACAUGAACGUUGAGCAUCCCCUCCCCUCUCUCCUCUUGCUCCUCCUUCCAGAAAACUUCCACCCCACUCCCCACUCUCUCUCCCCGCCGAUCCAAAGAAGAUCCGGAAACGGCCCCCGAUUCCACCGUUGAUGAUGAAAUCGAUGGAGGAGGAUGAGGUUCAUGAGAGGCCGGCGGAGCUGCCUGCGGAGAACCGUACCCGCUCGCCGCCGCGGCCGCGGCUCUCGCAGUCCCGCCUCCAUAACUUCUCCUUCCCGACCCUCAGCUGGGGGCGCCACAAGCUCCUGAGGUGCAUGAACCUCAACGGCGGUGCCGCCGGCGAGAACGCCGGGUCGGUGGCUCCGGCAACCGCGCAGCACGACACCCGAGCUGGCCAGAAGCGGCCGGUCUCCUCCUCCUCCCCGGAUAAAUCCCGCCCUCCGUGGGCGCCUCCGGAGGCGAGGGACUCCAAGGAGGCCGAUGAAAGAUCUCCGGAGGAAGGGGAGGGGGAGGAGUCCUCCUCUUCUGCUGCUGCUGCGGCGGCAGCGGCCAUGAGGCCGUGGAAUCUGAGAACGAGGAGGGCUGCCUGCAGUGCUCCGGGGGAGAACGGGUGGCCCCGGAACCCCAAUUCGGCUGCUGGGCCGUCGUCUCCGCCGGCGGCCGAGAACAGCAACCUGGUAGCAAAGCCGGUCAGGCUGAGAUCAGAUAGCGCCGAGAAGGGGGAGCGGCGGAAGUUUGCGAUCUCGCUGUCUCGCGAGGAGAUUGAAGAGGACUUUUUGUUGUUCAAGGGGACGAAGCCCCCUCGGAGGCCUAAGAAGAGGCAGAGGAUCGCUCAGAAGCAGCUAGACUCUCUUUUCCCUGGUUUGUGGCUAUCCGAGGUAACUCUGGAUUCGUACAAAAUUGAUGAGUAAGAAGUUAGAGGAUGUGAUCAAAGUAGAUGUUUGUUCGUGGAGAAAGCUUCCAGGGUUUUUAAUUUCUGACUAUUACUUUAGUCCCGUGUCCAUGGUUAGUGUGGUUUUGUAGCACACCAUAUUAAUCUGUAAAUUAAAAGUUUAAAUAAAGGUGUUUAAAGUUUGCAUUUUGUUAUGCUAUGCAAGCUUGCUUGUUUACAUUAUUUUCUAAUUUAAGUUUUUUUUAUUUAAUUAUCUUUUAAAUUUUCUGAAAUUUUUUUCCUCAAAGUGGACAUGGCAAGAUGGUUUUGUUUGAAUUUUUAAAUGUUAUAUUAUAAGAUUUAUCUAAAAAUAUAAACACUCUGGUAUUUGGUAACUGAACUUGGUUUGUAGUCCAUGUAUUGAAAGAGAUGUCAUGUUGUUACCUAUAUAUAUCUUGGUUCGAUCAUAUGGGAGAGGUGUGAUGGGAGCUGGUGGAAAAGGUUGUGAAGAUGCUAGCUUCUGGCUGCAAUUGUGAACUUUGCUAUUAAUAGGAUUUUAUGCGGGGAUAAAAGUCCAAGAAAAAUCUCCUAAUUCUUGAAGAACAGUUAUGGUUUUGUUUGCUAGCUGGGUCAUUUUGUUGAUAAAGAUAAGAGGCCAAUACUCGGUGGUGCUUGAUCGAUGAAAAAUUCAAAUUGUGCAAUGUUUAACAUAUGUUAUGAAUUUAUGAUGAUUAUGGGAUUACUGACAGAGGGAAAAUGUAAUAAGCAAAUAAUAUGUUUCUUGAAGUGCCGUGGGUGUUCCUUACAUCCACAGGCAAAUUAGACAGUUGGAUGGCUUGGUUGAGAUUUGUGUUUCAUCCAAGGAUGUGAAUGAAACCAGAAUAAGAUUUGAUGCAGUGCUAGUUGCAUGAAAAGGAGUGCCUUUGCCUUUAAAGAAACCUCUGGUAAGAACAUGAGGGAGCGACAAGUCUCAUCUAUGUAUUCAUUUUCCUUAAGAGUGAUUCUGUGUUCUACUUAAAGCAAUAAAAGAAAAAAGUGUGAUUGCUCAUGUUAAUGCAUGAAGUCAGUAAGUGCUGAAACCUUUCGAGCUACAUAUUUGUCAUUUUGCAUUUAUUGCCUUGGUCGGAGUGCAGUUUCUGAUGCUUUGUGAUUUUGAUUUCUCUGACACUUAUAUUUGUUCACUAAUUUUGAUGUGAGAGAAAGAUGCUAUAGUUAGUUGAUUGUUUUCAACAGUAAAUUGUUUUUAACUUCCAUAUAUUAACUACUGGGUGGCAACAACCGUGUUUAUUGGUGCUAUCCUUUCUAUCUUUUUUAUCUUUAAUUCUUUAAGGCAAUGUUGCUUCUUUAUAAAAAAACAGUUUCAUGCUUGGUCUCCUGUUCUGUCGUAGCAUCAGAAUGCAUGUGCAUGUGUUUUGGGCUAGAUAUUGUGAUAUGCUGUUGCGUAUAUGAUACAGCGGAUUGACAGAAUGUUGUAUGGUUCCCUUUGCACUUCCUUCAUUGGAGGGUCAUACUUCUUUAGUAUGGUGAUCUGAUGCUAAUAUUAGGUUAUAUUAAUCAGAAUCUCAAAUAAAAAAAAAUUAAAAUAUGUUUUUAUUGUUCUCAUUGCUUGUUAUGAAAAUCUCCUUCACAAAAUUGGGCAGGUAUCUUUCUUGUAUCCACACCGAACUGAAACACUUGCUUGAUAUAUUGUUGCUUUAUCAGGUGGCUAGCAGCCUUUUAAUGUUAGUAAGCUUCUUUAAGAAGUUUUCCCUCCAUUGAACUUGGUCUUCUUCAUUUUAAGUACGUUCUUAUGGCUCCACAAUGAAUAGAAUGAUGACAUUUUAUUAUCUCUGAUAAAGAGUUACUGCUGCAGGAAAUAGUAUCUAAAUUAGAAACCUAUCCAUGAAAGCAGUGGAUGGCACUUAUAAUGAAAUAUUUUUGAAAAUUAAACACUAAUUUUUGUUUUUUGAACUUGUGAUAAUUGCUAGAUUGAAUAAAAUGGUGUUUUCUACACUUUGUUGGUUAUAGGUAUCAAGGCCCUUCAGUUAGUUGAAAUUAUGUUGUCAGCUGUCGACUUGCGGUGAACCUUAGCUUUCUGACUCGAAUCAUCUCAUGUGAUUUGAGAAUUCUAAUUCAUCUUGCUGACUUACUAAUGCUGUGGAUUUGUUUGAAGUUAAGGCCAGAAAUAAGUUCAGUUGGUUCACUUGAUGUUUUUGUCUUGUACCAUCCUCUCAGAAUUCUAACCAUCCUUUACCUUGCAACUGAAACCUCAUUAUAAAUAAUUGAUUAAUUAAGCAUCCAGGUGAUUCAAGUUUGUAUCCUUCAAGGCUCGAAAAAUUUUUGAUUCAAGUUUGUAUCCUUCAAGGCACGCAAGUUUUUUCUGGGAAAAAAGUUUAAGCCAGAGAUGAAAACUGAAAGCUGUAAUAAUUAAAAAUAUAAAUCAUGAUCAGUUACGAACUUUAAUAGAAAAAUUAAGAUAAAUGAAGAGGAAUGUAUAUACAGAAAAGGAACCCUUUAAGACAACCGAUGAAAGAAACCCUAUAGAUGUCCUAUUACUCUUUCUUUUUGCCUGCCUUGUGGAGCUUUGUAAAGGUGAGAAAUCGAAGAAAGUCACUCUUGGAAACUUUUAUUGGACGUCAAGGAAGAGAAACUUGUGGGAUGGUGGUAACAGUUUAAAAAGAAACAUGCUUGGUAAAUUUUGACAUAAAUAACCUCUGCUCCUUUGUGCGUGUCUUACAUGCAUAGACCCAUGCACCACACACAUUGCGGGGAACGCAUGUGCAUUAACAUGUUCUUUCUUCUUAAACACUCUUUAUUUGAACCAAUUUUACCGUUCUCUGUUCUCCUUUAAAAGUUGCUCAUGGAUUCAGUUUAAAUGGGUAAAACAGUUUGCUAUUUUCUAUCUUAUUUAGAUGAAGGCAUACUAAUAAGUUUGUCUGUCUUCUUUUAUCCUUCAUUUAUCUCUUAUUUUUAAUAAUUUACCUUUUUGGUUGCUUCUUUUAAUUCAGAAACUUUUCUUUUAGCUAUAUAGAUCUAGACAUGGUGAUUUGAAUAAGUUUUCUGUCCAUUUCUUUUAUAUUAAAUUUGUUCAGUUGGUGGUGUUAUUUUAGCCUUGAGAUAUGAUUGAAUUUUGGGUUACUAACUCAUACUUUCACAAUUUUAUCUUCAAAAAAUAUGGUUGUUUAGAACCCAACAGAAAACAGGGCAUGAUGAUUGCAUCAAUAACUUUAUGUUAUAUAUGUAAAUCACGUAAUGGACUGAUUGAAGCUUUGGUUGUUGAAAGUUUAUUGAUGGCUAGUCUAAUCAAAUCUUUUUUGAUUGCCAAUUUCUGUUUUUCUUUUUCCAACUCCCAUUGUGUCUGUAUAUCAAAAUAAUCUCUUUCUACAAUCUUUACUUUAAGAUUUGAAGUACGAGUAAUUGAUUUUUGAGUGUUUUCAUCAUCAGAUGUCAACCUCUGUAAACUAGCAUAAUGGUCCUGGCAUGGAACCUGAAAGAACAGUUGGCAGAGAGGGAAACAUAUAAUUUGUGUUUCACAAUUUAAGGUCAUGCAACCAGCGUACAACUGUUCAAGAUUCCACCAAACUUGGCAAUGAAUAGAAUCUUUAAAUGAGCAUCGGUUAAGACAAUGUUUAUUAUAGACUAU